AUUCCAUAAGAGAAUCCUAGUUUGAGACGGAAACCACCCAAACGCUCCUUCUCAAGCCUUUUGAACCUCUAACCAACGUAGUUAUUGCAUGCACGAUCUAUCAAUUCCUCCAAAUCCACCUCUUUCAAUAAGCGAAUCCUUAGUUGAGUAGGAAACCAUCCAAACUCUCCAUCUCUCAUCUUAGCCAUGGCAAGAAGCUUUCCAUACUCCCAAUUAGCAUUCAUCUUAGUGUUUUGCUUGUUGGGCGUUUGCCAAUCGGACUUCGCGAGUGAUCGGGCCGAGUGCGCGACCCAGCUGGCGGGCCUCGCCACAUGUCUGCCAUUCAUGGAGGAGAAAGCAAAGGUCCCAACUCCCGAUUGUUGUAGCGGACUCAAGCAGCUCGUCGACAAGAGCAAGAAAUGCUUGUGUGUGCUUGUGAAGGAUAGAAACGAGCCGCAGCUUGGGUUUAAGGUCAAUAUAUCAUUGGCAUUAGCACUUCCCAAGUCUUGUAGCGUCCCUGUCAACGGCUCCGAGUGCAUAGAUAUUCUACACAUUCCGCCGAAUUCAACCGACGCUCAGAUUUUCAAGCAAAUUGCCAGUGGGGGUCCAACGAAUGGGAAAUCUAGCAAUACCAGUAGUGGUGGAUCCACUGCCGAUGAGAACCAUGGGAAAAGUGAUGCGGGCCGGAAGAGCUGGUUGGUUACUGAGAUGGCGUUUGUUGUUUGGAUAUGGUGUUUGGUAUCACUUGUGAUCUUGGGGAGGUAGAAAGACUGGAAUCUAUUGUGUGGAACUCCUGUAAGCGUCGGUGUAAUUUGUUAUGGUUUCAUAAUGCAUUGCAAUGUUGCUCUCACUCAUACUGUUCAUGCCGACUUAAAACUCUCCGAGUAAAUUCUGCUCAGUUUAAUUUCAAGUUGGGUUACGAAUGCAA